GAACCUCAUUGCAUUUCUCAACUGGUUCCAUCCUCACUGUUACACAUGCAAAUAGUUUUUCUGGCCAUAUUUUCAACUUGGGAAGCCAGAGGAUCUAGCUUGAAGAAGAAAAAAAGAGAGGUGCCACAAUGUUGAGAAAAGCCGAUGGGUGCUCUAGAAGUCAUUUAGAAAUGUUUAAAAAGUUUCUCCCAGAAACAGAAAUUCAACCCACAAAGCAACGCUUAAGGGGACACAUCCCAGACAGUGCAUCGCACAGCUCAGUCGGAGAUGUUUUGUUGAACUAAAUGCUGCCCAUGUGUUGUCAAAUUGCAAUGGCAAAUUCGUUUGUUCAUGUCCGUUUGCAUGGUGUUUUCUUAAAACGUAGUUUGGUCUGUGUGUAGCGUGGUGAUUAUUGUCUGAUGACUGUAGGGGGGAAAGUUCCUGCGUUUUCCAGAUAGGCUACAAAAGUCCUCCGCUGAAUUCACUUCUCAUCAAAACCAACCCGAGCGCCUCUGACUCCGCGAAUCUCCGUUUAGGAGGAGUUUGUGACUCCUGUAGCUCAGGACCUCUACCAACAGGCUCUGCGCGAGAGUUGCAGCAGAAACAUUUGUCCUGCAAACUUCGGUCUCUAGGCCGAGUAUACACUUUUUUCUUUUUGGGAAUUGAGCCAAACUAACAGUUAUCUCGGAGCAAAAUUUGGUCAGGGGGGGGGGGGGGAGAAAAUAAAAAGGGGCGACGCCGCGAGCGCUCCCAGCAUGGCGCUAAAAACUGACGAAAGUCGGGUGUAUGUUACCAAAACCUCAAAGGGAAACGGCGUCGGCAGGCUGAAAGAGCGCAACAAUGCAGACGCAAACAUUUUUGGCUCCGGACAUGUUGAUCUGCUAGCCCGUGACAUGGACAGACCCCGCUGUCAGACAGCUGCCGCUCCUCAGGAGGAGUUAUUAGACGCUGACUGCCGUGUGGGCGACAGUCGCUCUUUUUCUGCCUGCGCCACAAUCUCGGAAACAGCCAGGGAGCUCUGCAAAGCUGUGUCCGUGUCGCUGGGACUGGCCAUGGAGUCCAAUGACACGAGCGACGUGGAUGCCGCUCUCCCCCCGUGCGCCGCCGCCAAUGACCAAAUGCGCGGGGAGUAUUUGUACAUGCCUCGUAACUGUCCCGGAGCUCACGGCGCCGUCACCGAGUACAAGUGCCCCGAACGAGACGACCGGCCCCCGCACGACCAGAGGCAACUGGUGGAGAUGUUCAAAAGUUCCGAGACGGCCGCGCGUCUCCAACACCUCGCCCCGGAUCGGACAUCUGUGCAUGAGCAAAACUUCGCACUGUGCAAGUCCGAUGACAUAACUUCAGAAGAGAGAGAGCAUCUGGACACAGCGCGCGCUGCCUCUUGCCCCUAUGCGUCAUCCGCGCCAGGUAGCGUAUUGGCACACUACGGUCAGAAUGCCGGGGAGAGACCGUGCCGGGUCUACGAGCCCCCCGAUGAGGCGACGGACUUCGGAGACGCCAUGGAGAACAACUUCAGCGGUUAUCAGCCGGAACAAUACAGCGUCAAAGUGAAGUGCGAGGACGGCGAGUCUGCCGGGGCAUCGUGGGGCAGUAAUUACCACCCUAAUGAGAAGUACAACUCUCAGUGUUGGGGCUCGAGGCAGUGCAUGAAUGCGCACAGCACGGAGACCACCACCGCGUUCAUAUGUAAUCCAUAUGAGAGGAGCGUCGUGCGUCCCGAGCAGUGGUACCCCGGCGGGAUGCUGAGGCCGCCUUAUCCCAACUCCAACUACGUGAAGACCGAAGUCGGCGAGUGGCUGGAUGUCGCCUACAAUGACCCCAGGUUCGAGACUGGCAGAGAGCACAUGUUCCCCAUGGAGUUCUUCUUUCCACCACAGAGGAUGUGCCUGAUUUGUUCAGACGAGGCAUCUGGCUGCCAUUACGGUGCGCUCACCUGUGGCAGCUGCAAGGUUUUCUUCAAAAGGGCUGCGGAAGGCAAACAGAAAUACUUGUGCGCCAGCAAAAACGACUGCACCAUCGAUAAGCUAAGGAGGAAGAACUGUCCGUCUUGUCGGCUGAAGAAGUGUUUUGAAGCUGGAAUGACUCUCGGAGCCCGUAAACUGAAGAAGAUUGGACAACAGAAAAACCCUGAGGAGGAACAUCCUCUGAAGGACCCUUCAGAAGUCAUCCAGAAUUUCUCUCCUAAGUCAGGCCUGAACUUCAACUCCCAAAUGGUCUUCCUCAACAUCCUGGAGUCCAUUGAACCCGAGGUGGUGAACGCAGGGCACGACUACGGCCAACCGGACUCGGCUGCCACGCUGCUCACCAGCCUCAACGAGCUGGGAGAGAGACAACUGGUCAAAGUGGUCAAAUGGGCAAAAGGAUUGCCAGGUUUCAGAAAUCUCCAUAUGGACGACCAAAUGACUGUCAUUCAACACUCAUGGAUGGGGGUGAUGGUGUUUGCCCUCGGAUGGAGGUCUUACAAGAACGUCAACGGUCGGAUGCUUUACUUCGCCCCGGAUCUUGUGUUCAAUGAACAUCGGAUGCAGAUUUCCUCAAUGUACGAGCACUGCAUAAGGAUGAGACAUCUUUCACAGGAGUUCCUGCUGCUGCAGAUCUCUCAGGAAGAGUUCCUCUGCAUGAAGGCCUUGCUCCUCUUCAGCAUUCUUCCUGUCGAGGGUCUGAAGAGUCAGAAGUACUUCGAUGAAUUGCGUCUCACCUACAUCAACGAACUCGAUCGGCUCAUUAACUAUCGAAUGGCGACCAAUUGUCCUCAGCGGUUCUACCAGCUCACCCGACUCUUGGACUCUCUCCAGAUGACGGUAAAGAAGCUCCACCAGUUUACAUUUGACCUUUUCGUCCAGGCUCAGUCGCUCCACACGAAGGUCAGCUUCCCAGAGAUGAUUGGAGAAAUAAUCUCAGUACAUGUACCAAAGAUGCUGGCAGGUUUGGCUAAACCGAUCCUGUUUCACCAGUAGAGGGAUUUUUAAUUGAUCAAAAAGUGACUCAUCUUUGCUGCCUCCGUAAACUUUAACAAAGGUACUGUUUACCUACAUCUUCAGUCUAAUAGCUCUUAGCCCUGUCCUGUAAUCAUUAUUUUGUUGCUCAAGUGUUUUUGUUUUUUUUGUUCCUUUUAGCCAUAAUUGAGAUUGUUUGUUCAAAAACUGUUAAAGCUUUUAUCUGAGGCACUGCAAGGCAUCACCUGCUGACAGCUCUGCUUUUUCUGAGUGGACAGUUUUGUGUUUUCAGAGAUUCUACUUUACAUACACAGUACGUCUGUAAAUCAUGAUUACAGCAACCAAAAAGUAACAGGGUCAAAAACAUUUUUUGGAAGUUUUGCAUGUGACCUUUAUUAUACAUACACAUGGCAAGGUAUUCAUAAAUACUGAAAAACAAGAGAUGGCCUCAAAGAGCAGAUGAGAAUUUGAUCACAGAAAUAUACAAAUACUUGUUUCCCAUCAACUUUCCCAAAAUCAGUUUUUCUAAGUGCCGAUGCACCUGCUAAGUUCCUGCUUGUGAUAUUUAGAGUAAUUAAUACAACUUGUGAGGCAUUUAAGUGCUUAAGUGCCUUAAAAUAAAAAAAAAGUUUAUAACAACUGUCAAAGACAAACUUGAUGUGCUACAUCGUCAUUGUUUACAGUGAACCUACAAUACUAGAUUGUCCUGCUGUGCGACUGUCCAGUGGUUUUGGGGCUGCAGGUCGGUCAUUCAGGAUAAAGUCUACUGUCUAGAACACAUGCUGUCGUAAUUUGAAACUAAAUCAAGCCAAGUAGAGUAUUGGUUACUGAAACGGUAAUCCAACUAUGAAAUUAUAAAUAACAUCAUUGUUACUACCUCUUGGGCUCACAUGUCUCUCAACAGCUUAAGUUGUUGCACUGAGUAUUUAGCUGAAGUAGUUCUGACCGCAAUCGCAGGCAGCUGCAGUAUAUUUGUUUUUACCUGACUGUAACAAAUAUGUAUGCAAGACUGUGUUCAUCCAGCAUUCACUUAAAAAUCACUUUUAUUGAAGCUCAAAUUCACAAUAAAGUCAAAGACUUAUUUACUUUACACUGUGAACAAGAUGACGGGUAAUGUCAGGCUGUGGGUCAGCUGUUGUGUCUGUCUGGCAGCACCCGUACAACCAAAACGGCACUUUGUGUUGUUUAAAGGGAAGAUUUGCAACCCUAAAUCAUGGAUGAUUAUAAAUGUAAUUGAUCGAGGCAAUAAAUUCCUCAGUGGGUGCCGUGUUAUUGACAGAGAAAGCUGAGUUCACAGCUGCAAAAAUGUUCCUGCAUCCAGCGCUGUCUUCUGACAGUGGCAGUGACGUAGUUGGAAGCAUGGAAGAAAUACUGGCUAUUUGAGAGCAUGGAUUUGUGGUCUCUAACUCUGGGUGGCCACUUCCAUGGGGCGUGCUCCAAAUGCUGCUAAAAAACAGAACUCCCUAAAUCUGUUGUAAGUUUCAUUGUGUAAAUACAGUUGACAAACAAAUGCCACACAUAACUUACUUGUUCUCUUCGCUUGUAUAGCAACAGUGAACAUGGCAUCCAAAAAUAAGAGUGCAGAGGAUGUUAUGGAUGAGGAUACUUUUUACAGUGUAUUGACUGAGUAUUGGGGCCGUAUUUAUUCCAGCCUUACUUGAGUAUACGUCCGAACAAAUGCUUCUGAUCCUGGGCAUCAGAAGCUCGCUUUGCAAGGCAUCCUGGUACGUGUAGGCACUGCCAGCACAGCUCUGUGCGAAAUAACAAAUAUUUCACCCGGUCAUCACUAUUUGCUCGUCUACUUCUAAAAAUCAAAUAUCAUACGUGAUCAUGCAUGAUCUGUACAAUUCUUACAAAACACAGCAUGACGUAACAUUUCAGCCAGGUGACGGUCAUGGAAGAAGCAACCGGAGUCCUAUAAUGUUAAAGUGUAAACGGUCCGUUGUUUGAUUGAGUCAAUGCAGCACAGUUCAGACAUCUGCAGCUCACUGCAUGCUGACUGUCGUUCUGCACUUCAAACCUUUUCAAUUCACAUUGGCAGCAAAUGUGCAAAGCUGUUUUCUUUAUGUUACAACAUUUUAAAGCAUUAACUUAGAAAUAUUUAGUCGGUAAACUUGUCAAAGCAGGUACUUGGCAUUAGUGACAUUGUAUAAAAUUGGACUGUUAGUUUAAGAAGUUUCGGUACUUUAUUUCUCCACUGCACAGCUACAAAACUAUUGAUAACUGAAUAUUCCUAGUGCAACUUUGAAGAAGUCGCCAAAGAUAUAUAUUUUUUUCUGCAUGACAAACUAUGUUUGUAUAGAUAUUUAGAAAGUAUCAACCCCCCACCGAGUUUGUUUUUGCAUUUACUUUAAAGCAUAUAAAGGCAGAGCAAAAGAUUCAUUGAUACAACUAAAACUAUGCUGUCUGCACUCAGCGCUGUGUACUACAGCAGAGUAGAACAUCCCUGAUAGACAGCACGGUGUUGACAGCGUCAUGGUGUUGACAGCGUCAUGCUGCGUGCGGCACUGGUAGACUUGUAGGGACACAAGACGAGAGCGUGGCACCAAAUACAGGCAAAGACUGGAUGAGAACUUGGACGAUCCAAAUAGCCAGCGAUCUCAGAUUAGGCCAGUCAUGUUCCAACAGGACAACAAAUAGAAACUUACAGCCAACUUGUAACUGGAAGGGCUUCAGAUGUAGAAUGUGAAAGUCCUUGGCUUGUCCUGGCAAACCUUGGAGAUGAAAACCAAGGGAGAAAAAAAACCCUGAAGAAUGCCUUGAAGAUAAGUGAUCAAAGACACUUGAGUCCAACUGUUGAAAAGUAUUCAUUCAAGUAGUCAAAUACAGUUAUUGGUUUUUGUAUGUUAUUUAAGAACCAAGGCGAGGAAAUACAAGGACCUUUGUACAAUGAUCUUGGUCUGCUUGAUGCGGAGCGUACAUUACACUGGAAUAGUGUAUUUCGGUCGAUGAACUAGAAGUGUAGGGCACUCACAAUCCAACGCAAACAAAACUUCAAAUUCACUUCUGUGGUACAUUCUGCAGGAGCGUUUCAUAACUCUGUAAAUUCAACACUUUUUAACAGUUCCACAUUUAUUUCACAAGCUUGUAUAGAUGCAUGCGUGUGAUUGUUUAAAUGUAGGCAUCGGGUUUCGCUUCACACAAAGCAAUGCAUGGACAUCCACGGAUCACUCCGAGUUCCUGUCUUUUUGCAUACUGACUGAUGUUCGAUGCAUGGGACAUCUGUCAGAAGGCAUGAAGCCAUUUUGUUGUACAGUGCAAAGUGGUACGUUGACUAGAACAGUCAUUUUCAGUGUUUUGUAACUGAUUCAUUCAUAGACUUCAGUUGAGCGCUUCAGAGUACUUUACUUCGUCUGCAGAAAUGAAUGUCUUCGUCUUGUCUUUUUAUACAAUCUUUGCUAUGCAGGAACGGGGGAGAAAAUGGAAUCCAGUAGCUAUAGACGAGUUCACUUGACCCCCACCACAGCGGCUGAUUACAGCCCUGACACUUGAAUACAUGUGUCCGCUGUCAUUAGAGAGAGCGACAGUUCAGUGUGAAGUUGCAACUACACAGAAGCUUAAUUAAACGAUAAUAAGAACCCAAGUUAUAUAUAAAACAGUUAAAUGAUUCGCAGUACCUGUCAUUUUAAGUAUACACAUAAUGCUUCAGUUUUGAUCAAAUAAAAAAUAAAAAUUCAGAAAUGGAUAUUUAUCAAACCUCACAUUUCCUGUAUGCACUAUAUUGUCAGACUGAUGUUGCAGCAACUUUUAUCCUUUUAAAUUAACGCUGGUUCUAAAGAAUGUUGUGAUUUUUUUAAUGCUGUUUUAACUUUAUUAUGCAUUACAUAUGGGGAAUUUGAAGGCACUUCUAGUGCCGGUGACUAAUGCACUUCAAUGAGUCAUUUUUGUAAUACUAAUAUGAUUUAAUCACAGUAGACUACAGUGUUUGUAUUAUGUCAAUUGACAAAAGCUGGUAUGUGCCCAGUGUACUGCAUAUUCACCUGAUCUUUGUACAUGCUACAGUAACUGUAUAUAUUGAUUUGUUUAAUGUCUGUUUUGGUGUCCCAACACUUGACUUUUAAAGUCAUCUCUUGUAUGAUUUUUACCUUUUGUGACUUGGAUAUGUGUGUUUUUCAAAAUGUGUAAAGCUGCAUCAUCUUUUAAAGGCAAUUAAAACAAUUCUGAAUUUC